UGUACAACUCAGUACUCAAACACUCAACAGCACCACCCUUCUGUCCCCUGAAACAGAAAAACACAGUUUCUCUACUGGUUUUCGAAUUUGAAACCGGAAAAUGAAGCUCAGAACGACUAAACUCAAGCCAAAACUCGAUCCACAUCAAUACAUCACGAAGAAGCAGCGAACCAAACGUCCUCGCCGAAUCCGCUGGCAGAUCUCUCCGAUUCUUAUAUCUCGAUUGAGAUCAGCUCCUCCACAAAAGAGCCAAGGUUUCCAUGCUUUCUCGGUAAAUUCCAUCCCCAGUUUGUACUUUGGAGAUGAACUGUCUUGCGAUUCAAGCAGAGUUACAUUCAAAUCUAGUGCAACUAAGAGAAAAUUACGUGAAACCGAAGGAAUUGAGAAGAUUGAAGACGAUCCGUUUCGAAGAAUAACGAGAUCUUACUAUAAGCAGAAGGAGAACGAGAGAAAGGAAAAUGAAGUAGAAGUCAGUGAGUCGUCUUGUGUAGAGUCGAAAUCCAGAGUUGAUUGUGUUGCUCCCGGAAAGAGAAGAAGUUCGAAGUUGAAGAAGAGAGCUGAAGACUCAAAAGAAAUUCAAAUUAGUGAAGGUUCUACAUCGGUUACCAAAUCGGAGAUCUCCUCCUUGCACCAAAAUUUAAGUUUCAAUGGUAAAAGCUUGGAGAACAUAUCGUCGGAGGGUAAGGACAACGACACCUUCUCUAUUGUUUCCGGUGUAGAGUCUUGCUUAUCACAUGGAACGAUUGAAAGAGUCAAAAGAACAGAAACGGAGCUCUCUGAGAUUUCCAAACACGAUGCCUUCUCUAUCGACGAGUCCGUAGUGGAACAAAAGCCAAAGAGCUUGGGAGCAGUCGAAGCGGAUCUCGCUUGUGCGGAGCGCAUCUCUUACGACGACGUUGUUACGGAAUACUCUUCUAGUCAUGAGACGGCGUUCUCGGAGCUGCAAUCUGAAGUGUUCCUGGGGAGUUCGUCCGACAUCGAAUUCUCAGAUUACACGCCGUCGAUUUUUUUCGAUUCUGGAAGCGAAUUUUCCGAAAAAUCGGUUGAUGAUUCUCCUCCUUCGCAAACGUACUCAUUGUUGCUCGAGUUUAGACAGAAAUUCUCGCGAUCAAGCGUUCCCCUAGACAUGAUUAGAUGCCCGUUCACUGAAGCAGAGUACCUAUUACAUUCCAGCUUUGUGAAAUUCGAAAUUCAGGACGACGAAGAGAGCUACCAAAGGUUUCGGGAAAGAGAAAGAAGGCAAUUAUUCUUGCACGACUACGUCGAGUUGUAUUGCUCCACGACGGAGUACGGUAGUCUCAUCUUAGAGCAACGGCUCCAGAUGGUUCACUGGAUUGUUGAGCAAUCAACCGCAAAGGAGUUUCAGCUCGAGACAACGUUCCUUGGAGUUAGUCUACUGGAUAGGUUCCUAAGCAAAGGAUUCUUCAAGAACAAAAGAAGCCUUCAGAUUGUUGGAAUAGCGUGCCUUACAUUGGCCACCAGAAUUGAAGAAAAUCAGCCCUACAAUAGUGUGAGGCAAAAGAAUUUCCCCAUGGAGAGCAGUGCAUACAGCAGAUUUGAGGUUGUAGCCAUGGAGUGGCUGGUGCAGGAGGUACUCAACUUUCAGUGCUUCUUGCCCACCAUCCACAACUUCAUGUGGUUCUAUCUGAAAGCUGCUAGAGCUGAUGCGAAGGUGGAGAAGAAGGCAAGAUAUCUGGCAAAGUUAGCUUUAUCGGACCAUGAGCAUCUUCGGUACUGGCCCUCAACAGUUGCUGCGGGACUUGUGAUUUUGGCUUCUCUAGAAAGCGAUCAAAUUGAAUCCUACCAACGGGUCAUUGAGGUUCAUGUGAGAACAAAGGAAAAUGACUUGCGUGAAUGCAUGAAGACAAUGGAGUGGCUGCUACAGUAUGUAAACUAGACAGAUUAGAAGACAGAACAUUCUACUCCCACUUUUUGUUCAUUGACAUUCACUACUCAUAUAUCUUAGCCAAUGGUAAAGUGAAAACUGAUAGCUUUUGUAUAUCCUAAUAAAAUAUAGGUUUUACAUAACCGAUUCUUUUUCAACUUGACUAGAAAGAAGAGAAAUCUUGUUUCGUUAUCUGUCCAUAAAGGCAGGAACCGGAGUCUGCAUUCAGUUGCCUGGCUUGUGUUAAUUUGGAGUACAAAGAUUCUUCUCAGGAAUCAACUUUUCCAUAUAUUCUUUUUGCAAAAGAUCUGUUAUUUUCAAGCAACGACAGAUGUAGAAGAAAAACUGUUUCUGCUUCUAUAUGUUUUCUCCAACAGUUAGUAUAGUUAUUCAGUAUCCAGGGAAAUAUGUGCAUCUCUUCAUAAUGCUAUUGGCAUGUAAAGAUAAUGUAAUAUGGUUAAAUUUCACACUCAG